AUCAACCCCACUACUACUUCCUCCUCCCUUCUUCACUUCCACACAAAGAAAUCAAUUCAUCAAUCACUUCCCAAUUUCCCCUUUUCUUCCAUCUUCACGUUCAAAUCAAAAUGGGCAACUGUAAUUGUUUGUUCGUCGAUCAUAAACCCAUCAGAAUCAUGAAAACCGACGGAAAAAUCCUCGAAUACAAGUCCCCCACCAGAGUUUUCCAAGUCCUCUCAGAUUUCUCCGGCCACGAAAUCUCCGACGCCGUUCCCGUCACUCACCAUCUCCACCGAACCGCCAAGCUCCUCUCCGGCCACCUCUAUUUUCUCAUACCCAAAGAACCACAAGAGAAAAAGCCCAAGAAAGCGGUCAGGUUCGCUGAACCGGAGAAGGAAACCACCAGCGCCACCACCGGCGGAGGGGUGGUGAGAAUAAAAGUGGUUAUGACGAAAAAGGAGCUGCAAGAAAUGGUUGAAAGAGGAGGAAUUUCGGCAGAGGAAAUGAUUUGUAAGAUCAAAAAUGGAUGUGGAGAAAUUAGUAGCAGAUCAGAAAUGGAGGAAGAAGAAGAAGAAGAAGAUGAAGAAUCGGAGUUACAAAGAUGGAAACCGGUUCUUGAAAGUAUACCGGAAAGUGAAGUUGCUUGCUAGUUAGUUAGUUUUACCCAACUCCGUCCGGUUUCCUUUCUUUCUUCUUUUUCUUUUUUUUUUUUGUUUUCUCUUUAUAUACAGAUUAAAGUGUAUAACAAACUUUAAAGAUAGAUAAUGAAAACAAGAAAGUUUUUGUCAUAUAA